AUGGCUUCAUCGUCAUCUAGAACAAGGAGCCGUUCUCCUUUCUCGCACCGUAGACCUCCGAGUCCUUACUCUUCGGCCUCGUCGACUUCGUCGUCUCAUAUGAACAACCGCCUAUUGCCUCGCUCUUGUUCCACAUCUGCUUCUACCGUCUGCAAUUCCGGCGGCGUAAGCGGGCCCCGAUCUAUGACGACUAGUCGUACCAUCUCCGAUCCCGGUCCCAUCGGCGGCUCCGGAAAUUAUGCGGCGCAUUCGCCUGUACCUUACCCAUCGGAGGGGUUGAUUGACGAGCCUGUGCCGACUAUUAACUCUGAGCGAGAUAGCAUCUCCGUCACCGUUCGGUUUCGUCCGAUGAGUGAGAGGGAGUAUCAAAGAGGAGAUGAAAUUGCUUGGUAUCCUGACGCGGAUAAAAUGGGUUCUAGACUUCUAGUAGCCUUGGUUGGUUCAAUAAACGCUCUUCCAAAUAUGUUAAUGCCAGAUAAAGUUUUUGGACCCCAAGCAACAACUGUAGAGGUCUAUGACGUAGCUGCAAAACCUGUAGUCAAGGCAGCUAUGGAAGGUGUUAAUGGAACCGUUUUUGCUUAUGGUGUUACAAGCAGUGGAAAGACACAUACAAUGCAUGGGGAUCAAGAUUUUCCUGGAAUCAUACCGUUAGCAAUAAAAGACGUCUUCAGUAUCAUCCAGGAAACUACCGGAAGAGAGUUCCUGCUCCGUGUUUCAUAUCUUGAAAUAUACAAUGAGGUGAUAAAUGAUUUACUGGAUCCAACAGGGCAAAAUUUACGUGUUAGAGAGGAUUCCCAGGGUACUUACGUUGAGGGUAUCAAGGAAGAAGUUGUUUUAUCUCCAGGUCAUGCGCUAUCUUUCAUUGCAGCUGGGGAAGAACAUCGGCAUGUUGGUUCAAAUAAUUUCAACUUGUUGAGCAGCAGAAGUCACACAAUAUUUACAAUGAUGAUUGAAAGUAGUGCUCAUGGAGAUCAAUAUGAUGGAGUUAUUUUUUCUCAGCUAAAUUUGAUUGACUUAGCUGGAUCUGAGAGUUCCAAAACUGAGACAACUGGAUUGAGAAGGAAAGAGGGUUCAUUCAUCAACAAGAGUCUUCUGACUCUUGGAACUGUGAUUGGAAAACUGACUGAAGGAAAGACAACUCAUGUCCCAUUUCGGGACUCUAAGCUAACUCGUCUUCUGCAAUCUUCAUUGAGCGGGCAUGGGCAUGUAUCGCUCAUAUGUACAGUUACUCCUGCGUCAAGCAGUACUGAGGAAACUCAUAAUACGUUGAAGUUUGCCAGCAGGGCAAAGAGAAUAGAAAUUAAUGCCUCACGCAAUAAGAUUAUAGAUGAGAAGUCAUUGAUUAAGAAAUAUCAGAAAGAAAUCUCCACCCUCAAAGUAGAACUUGAUCAGCUAAGGAGGGGUGUGCUUGUCGGUGUCAGUCAGGAAGAGUUAUUGAGCCUGAGGCAACAGCUACAAGAAGGUCAAGUCAAGAUGCAAUCGAGAUUGGAGGAAGAAGAAGAAGCCAAAGCAGCUCUAAUGAGUAGAAUCCAAAAGCUUACAAAGCUCAUACUCGUCUCUACCAAGAAUUCUAUUCCUGGAUAUUUAGGUGAUGCACCCACUCACCAGCGCAGUAUUUCUGCUGGUAAAGAUGAAAAGUUGGACGCUCUGCUUGUGGAUAGUGAUAAUCUGGCAUCCCCUUCUUCGACUCUGUCUCUUGCAUCAGAUGCUUCUUCAGGUCUUAAGCACCGGCGGUCUUCCAGCAAGUUAAAGGAUGAAAAUUCUCCGGUUGGUUCUGGUGCAGAAACUCAAGGGGCUAUGAGUCCGGAUGAAAUGGAUCUCCUCGUUGAACAGGUUAAGAUGCUUGCUGGUGAGAUAGCUUUCAGCAAAAGCACACUAAAGCGUCUGGUGGAUCAGUCCGUAAAUGAUCCUGAGAACGCAAAACCCCAAAUCGAGAAUCUAGAAAGAGAGAUUCAAGAAAAGCAAAGACAGAUGAGGUCUUUGGAACAGCGAAUAACUGAGAGUGGUGAAGCUUCAAUCGCUAAUGCAUCAUCCCUUGAGAUGCAACAGAAAGUUAUGAGAUUGAUGACACAGUGCAAUGAGAAGAACUUUGAGCUGGAGAUCAUAUCAGCAGAUAAUCGUAUUCUCCAAGAACAACUAGAGAAAAAGUGUGUCGAGAACAAUGAAUUACACGAAAAGGUGCGCCUUCUAGAGCAACGGCAAUCGAGUCUGAAGUCCUCACCGCCUUGUUCUGGUAAUGUUUCAAGUGAAGCGUAUGUAGACGAGCUGAAGAAGAAAGUUCAGUCUCAGGAGAUUGAGAAUGAAAAGCUAAAGCUAGAGCAUGUGAAGAGUGUGGAGGAAAAAAGUGGAUUACAAGUGCAAAAUCAAAAACUAGCUGAAGAAGCUUCGUACGCUAAGGAACUGGCCUCUGCAGCAGCAAUUGAGCUGAAAAACCUAGCCGAUGAAGUAACAAAGCUCUCGCUUCAAAACGCAAAGCUAGAAAAAGAAUUAGCAGCGGCAAGAGACUUGGCAGUAGCAGCAGCUCAGGCUCAGACGCGUAAUAAUAACCCCAUGAACAGCGCGGCAAAUCGCAAUGGGACAAGGCCAGGGAGGAAGGCAAGGAUCUCAGACUCAUGGAAUCUCAACCAAGAAGAUCUUAAAAUGGAGUUGCAGGCAAGGAAACAGCGAGAAGCAGCUCUCGAGGCCACACUAGCUGAGAAACAAUACAUAGAAGAAGAGUAUAGGAAAAAGGUGGAAGAAGCAAAGAAAAGAGAAGAGGCUUUGGAAAACGAUUUAGCCAACAUGUGGGUACUUGUUGCCAAGCUGAAGAAAGCCAGUAAUGGGGUCUUGUCCGGGCCAAAGAGUCACGAACCUCUCGUCACCGAGCCUGCAAUAGAAGUCGAAGCCACAGACUUAGAGAAGGAGAGUCAAAACAAUGCGAUCUUGAAAGAGAGACAAGUCUUGAAUGCACCUGAAGAAGUAGUAAUUGCCAAGACUGAAGAGGAGACACUAAAGGAGGAACCUCUAGUUGCUCGUCUUAAGGCAAGAAUGCAAGAGAUGAAGGAGAAAGAGAUGAAAUCGCAAGCGGCUGCGGCGGCCAACGCAGACGCAAACUCACAUAUCUGUAAAGUCUGUUUCGAGUCGCCAACCGCCACAAUUCUCCUCCCUUGCCGCCAUUUCUGCCUCAAGGGAGAUGCAGAAGGAGCGUUUAAGAAGACUGUGGAAACCGAUCGGAUGAUUGAUGCUCUUAAAGAUGCAAACCCUAGAGAACUUGAGAAGCUUGUUCUUGAAAACAUCCUUGCUUUUGAUGAAGUUUUCUGGAUAAGACUCGCGGCCAGGUCGGAUACUUGCAAAUCAGAUGAUGACAAGGCAAGCAAGGACUUUGAGGAGUUAGCUGCAACCGUGAUGACUAUAGUUGACUGCGUUGUGAAUAAGACUCGGGAAAAGAUAGAAUCGUCUACUGAUGUCCUGAAAGGAAUUUUAAGACCCGUUGUGGAAGGAGUGGAAGAAAUUUCAUGGCCUCCCAGAGAUCCUGAAGCCAUCAAUCAAAUGGAAAAGGAAGUCAUACAACGGGAAAAAGAAGGGCAAUUAGACGAAGGGUUCCUUUCAGAAGUCAGUGCUCAACUACGGCAGGCAAAAGAAGACAAAGACAAACCAGGGCUUGCGGCUAUGCUGCAAAAAGUUCUCCAGCUCUAUGCUGCUACGGUUCUCUCCAAGCGUAGCUACGCAAAGAAAGGGAACGAAGUUGUAAAGGCCGAGCAUUUUCUCGAAACUCUGAUCAAAGGCACGUUGAGCCCUCCUGAGGAAAAAUGGAACAAGCUUUUCUUAGACGGGUUAGCAAUCGGAAAAGGAGAGGUCGCGCCUGAUGAGCUAUCUGCUGUUAUCAAGAAACGAAUCGAGCGCACGCUGAUUCGAACUGAAGGAGGUUCAUACCAGCAGCGAAUCUUGAUUGAGUAUCUCAAAGGGAUCGAGUCCAGGGCUAACGAAAUUAUGAAACUACUUGAGGGUUAA